AUGUCAAAUAAAAAAAGAACUAUUUUAAAAGUUAUUAUUCUUGGGGAUAGUGGUGUUGGAAAAACAUCAUUAAUGAAUCAAUAUGUAAAUAAAAAAUUUACGAAUCAGUACAAGGCUACAAUUGGAGCAGAUUUUUUAACGAAGGAAACUAUGGUUGAUAAUGAACAGAUAACGAUGCAAAUAUGGGACACAGCAGGACAGGAGCGUUUUCAAAGUUUAGGUGUUGCUUUUUAUAGGGGAGCAGAUUGUUGUGUUUUAGUUUUUGAUUUGACAAAUUAUAAAACUUAUGAGUCAUUAGAAUCAUGGAAAGAUGAAUUUUUAAUUCAAGCAAGCCCAAAAGAUCCAGAAAAUUUUCCAUUCGUUAUAAUUGGAAAUAAAGUUGAUGAAACAAACAAAAGAAAAGUUCAAUCACUAAAAGUUUUGCAAUGGUGCAAAUCAAAUAAUAAUAUUCCAUAUUUUGAAACUAGUGCAAAAAAUGCAAUUAAUGUUGAUCAGGCAUUUGAUGAAAUAGCAAGAAAGGCUAUGAAACAAGAACAUCAAGAAGAACAAAUAUAUCUACCGGAGACAUUUGCUUUAAAUAAUCAAAGUGAACAAAAACCAUACAAAAGUCGUUGUUGUUAA